UGCUGACAGUCCCUGGCAAAGCUCGCCUGAGAAACACAUCGCACCUUGUCUUGCACACUGAACAGGGAGCGAUAUCUUCUAAUAAAUACACCCAGCUUUGAGAAAAAGGGAAAACAGCCAUCACGUUCAUUUGAAAAUUUCAUAAGCAUGAAGCGUUUUGUACCGAAUUUUAAUUGACCGAUGGCUGCAUUUAGAUUUUUCUGAAAACCUAGUGGGACUUCGGAGAUCCGCAUCCGCAAUUGUAUCGCUCCUAUUUCUUCCGAUCGUUCGACACCGAUGCAGUGAUUUUUUUUAUCAGAUGAAAGCCCGACUCGAUGUGGAGAUAAUCGACCAGGUUCAUCGGUGAGGUUGACCUGUCGAGGGUCGCACGAUGGUCCAUUUCUCAAGAUUAUGGAUCACAAUGUCAAAACGGAUGUGAAUUGAAGGUUUGUGAACAUAGAGGGCCCCGCUCGGGCCUGCACGUUAACACUGCAAAGUUGUACUUUAUCUACAUUUGGUUUGGUGCUGACCUUAGGUCUACCCAAUGACAUUAACUAGAUUUGAAUGAAACUGGUAUUAAUGACCCUAUAUACCCCUAAUGAACUCUGUGCUUUCUAGCCCUACACAUGGCUGCAAUUUAUAGAUACUUGAUAACCUGGUCCUGUAGCACACCUGGAUUUCACUAAAGGACUUUUAAGUUAGGUAAUAGCCUUAUUUUUUAACAGACCACUGUUUUGGCCUUAGAGUUUGUCUUCGAGAGUCCAAUUUCUUGUUCCAAUUUGAGCUUAUAAGAGGCUGUAACACAGCCUAUCUCAGUGAACAAUGAAUAAAUUAGCCCAAAUAUAUAGCAGUCCUGUAUGCCAUAGGGAGCUCUGUCACACUUUAGGAGCAGACAUCUAAGAAAGCUGAAUCAUUUUAGUUUAUCAUUUUCGAUUAGAUCUAACUUCCUUCGCUGAACAUGACGAGCUUCACAAUGCGAAACGGCGCACAUUUAAUUUGGAUAGGCUUACUGGUUUGUUGCCUUGUUGAUAUGGGGGCUAGCAUGGAGUUCACAGGCGCGGAAGGCCAAUGGGCGAGGUUUCCUAUGUGGAACGCCUGCUGCGAGAGCGAAAUGAGUUUCAACAUGAAGACAAAAAGCGCUCACGGACUUUUAGUGUACUUUGAUGAUGAGGGAUUCUGUGACUUCUUGGAACUGCUCAUCCACAACGGUAGACUGAGUUUGCGGUUCUCCAUUUUCUGCGCCGAGCCGGCGACCGUGCUCUCCGACACCGCUGUCAACGACAGCCGUUGGCACGCCGUCACAUUGCGCAGGAAUUUCAAAAACACUACGUUAGUGGUGGACGACGAGAUCAAGUGGGUGGAAGUUAAGUCUAAAAGAAGGGACAUGACGGUCUUCAGCCAUUUGUUUCUAGGGGGGAUACCUCCUGAACUGCGAUCUGUAGCUCUACGCCUAACGUCUUCAGCCAUCAAAGAUCAGGUCCCGUACAAUGGGUGGAUAACCAAUCUACGGGUGAACGGUUCUGAGCCGGUGCUCGUCGGUAGCGAGGGAAUCAACAGCGACGUUUGCGAAGCUGACCACAUUUGCCUGAAUGGAGGAGUCUGCAGCAUCGUCAAUGACGAACCCAUUUGCGACUGCUCCGAAACAGGAUUCCAGGGAAAAGACUGCAGUGAAGAAGAGGCCUACGUCGGAGGUCUUGCGCACCUGAUGAUGGGCGACCAAGGUAUGGGUUUUAUUUCUUACUCCCUUUUUGCCUCCAUCACCCACGCCCUCCUCCACCUACCUUCUGCCUCUCUCUCACUGCCUUGUGCUGAAUCCACCUCACAUCCUCCACCGCUGCUCCUAAAGCUGUCCAUGUAUUUCUCUGUAUCUGUGGCUUUACACAUGCAUCUGUUUAUUUGUGUGUCUUUGAGUACUAAAGUCACACUGAUGUUUUAUGUCAAUGUGAUCUCCUACAAAUAUGGUGAAGGGCUGGAAGUCUCCGCCCUGACCUGCCUAUCGCUCUGGAUCUCCAGACCGACCCUGCGGUGGGCUGAUGUGUAUGCGAGCAACGACUGGUGCGGGGGUUUGGAUGACCACUGGGGCAGCUACUUCUCCAGCAGUUCUGACAGCUGGUCAAUUGGCUUAAGAGAGCUGGAGCCGAUCUUGGCUCGCAUGCAGAGUGGUCUCAAUGACCUUGGGCCUGCCCAUUGA